UACUCAGCUCGGACAGAUGCAUAGACAACUUGCUCAAGUUCAUCGAAGAUUAUGGCCAGUCACACUCACAGUCUAUCUUUGCUCCACGGCGACGACCUAGUACUAGGGUCCGUAUGCUUUCUUCAGAUACAGACUGAGACAGUACUUCUAAAAGAAUUGUGCGCUUUGGUAUUGUACUAGGAUCACUCUCUCUCACUCUCAGACUGACGCUCUAACAUCAGGAAGGGAACUUCUCAGGCACAACUGGAAAGAGCUCUUCACUGAUAUACCGAAUGAUUAUGGCUAUUGUCGAAGUCCAACGACAACGAUUCUCAUGAAAUAGAGUUGAUCUUCUACUUCUUGAUUCUUCUUUUUUUCAAUUCCAGAAAAAUACAAAAAGGCAUACCAACAGUUCAUCUUUGUCUUCGCUGAUUUCAUUGUCAACAUGUUGAAUUAGCGAAAGAUGGAAAUGCUUACCAUGAGGCGGGGUCCGUUGCUCUGUGUAAGAAUUGCUGCAAAGUUGACCAGGGAGGGUUAGACAUGAAGUACAUGACCAUGGCCAAAGAUGACAACUGUACUCUCGCCACAAAAUUUGAUACGCACGCGGUAGCAGCUCUAUCUCUAACAAGGACAGGCAGGAGAUGUCCGAUUCCGACGCACAAGAGCAUCAAAAGGGAGACGGCUGGUAGUAAUACCUUCCUGGUGUCGUGGGUUUGGAUUUUACUCGGUGAUAAUAGAUCAACAGAAAGCUCAAGACUCGGAAUUUCAAUUCCACUGACCAGCACUCCGAUUACUCUAAUAACAUGUUGGACGAGUGUGCUCAUACGUGAUUGAAAUAUGAACAGGUGCGGCCAUCGUCUCCCGAAACUAAUAGUCUAUUUACAACGACGUACAACUACUCACAACGUUGGCGUGGUAAGCAUAUUUUUGUGCAUGUGGUGAUCCCAGCAUUGCUUUCGCAGGUGGUUGACGUACAGUCACGUGAUAACGGGAAUCCAAGCAUGUUUGAUGCUGUCGGUGAGGCAUGUAAAAAUGGCAAUAAUGCCGAUGCGUGUGGUGGAGCGGAUCACAAUCGUACUACACUUGAUAAAACUAUAUAAUUUGUAGUCUGGAAUUCGAUCAACUAGUACCUUCUUCGACUUGUGCUUCAGCUUCAUCUACUUCUUGUUCUACUUAUUAUAGCUCCUGAACAACUUGAAGAAGUAGACAAGAUGAUUCUAGUAAGUCAUUUCUUCAAGAAACCCUAGUUGUACCUUCCCAGAAGUAUAAACCAAAACCAAGCUCGAUAAACAAUAUGACAAUUGUGAUAAGCUCACUACCUGCAGAUCCAGACGACUCACCUGAGACCGAUACUAUUGAAGGCGAAGACUUUGCUGAGGCACCGAAUUCGUUGAUAUCCGUGGCUCCAAGUGGCAAGCUUUCGAGUUUCACAGAAAGAGAAGCCGUGGAAACAUCGUUUCCUGGUGGGGGUCAUAUGGCAGGCUAUAAAUUAAUCAUGUAGUAGGCUCACUUGUUCUAGUACCGCGAGAUCCUGACCACCUCCUAUUCAAGAUAGCAGCUAGACGACGGCCUCUAAAGAUAGGAGCCAUAGGUUGAGGAUGUCACCACUGCUUACUCUGAUUGCCUACACUGUUACUCGUCACUCCCCUUCUUCAUAAGUUUUUGGAAUUUACGCAGGGACGUUGUCGCAGACUUGAAAGAUAUCAUUGUCGCGCAUCAACAACAACUACAGGAUGGAGUAGUGAAUGGAGUAGUGGCAAAAUUAGAAGAGGUAUUUUCUGACAAAGUUUCUUCAGAAGACCUACUACAGCAGAUUAGAGUAUCCCAUCAAGAACAAAUGAAGGAGUUGCGUCAGGAUGUAAAACAAGUUUUACAAGAACAGCAGACAGUAAUAUCCCAGGAAAUACGGGAGUUGCAUCAAAAAGUAGAACAAGUUUUAGAACGAGUGGAGCAACAUCAGCAACAGCAGAAUGGGAGAACACAGUCCGAGGCGUUGGCGAAAUCGCAAGUACAAGCAGGGCUCCCGCCACAAGAAGAGCUAAAUCACCCGCCGCUGGAAAUGCACGAAAUUCCAAUCAAUAUGAAAAGCCAUGCCAGGCACAAUGACGGUGUCCCCUUUAUCCCUCGCGAUACACUAGGGAAAAUACUGAGAUCACCGAACGAAAAACUCGAAAACCAAGAGAAGCGAAAUGUGCAGGUGAUCAGGAUGGCCGUAUGGCUUCAUUUAUUAAGAGUGAAGGCGUGAGAAUUUCGACGGCUAGCAGCGCUCCGACCACUGGCCUAGGCUUGAGGAACAAGGACAAGAGCCGACAGUCUCAUAACAACGCUCUUAAUUAAUGGCGCCAUUCUCAUUAAAAUAUUUUGAAAAAAAACCCAGCCUCGACCCCACGACGCUUCAAAGUUGGCUGGGUGAUGAUGCCAAACUCCCGCAUCUCGUGUAUCGCAUCAAUUUCGUAGCUCCCAAGGCUCCACGACCAGGUCAUGAAGAAGGUCCACUGUCCCACAAAGAACAGAUCAAACUGCUGACUGAGGCGAUGUUCUUGCAGAUGUGCCGCUACGACUACAAAGUCACCGAAGAAGUAGAACGAACAGAAGAAGUAAAAGUAGAUCUUGAGGACAAGUUCGGCAUUGUCGAUCGAACAAGAGGAGAAUAUGGCGACAGACUAACUACUACAGCCUUCGGCGGCGCCUUCCAGAAUGAGAUUCGUAGUGAUCUUGUGGACCCACCACGCGCUGUCAAACUAGGUAAGUUCAACUGGCGUCAUAAUUUUCUCAGAGAUCUAGAAAAGUACACGAGUUCAUCAGAAUGGGUGUCUGUUACACAGGUACACAACGACCUACAAGAGUACAUCAGCAGGCCUCUAUUUUUGAAUAGCAGAAACAGUCGCGCUCUCGAAGUAUUUUGCACAACGGCACUGGAUCGAUCUGGCACGAAAGAUAUGGCGAUUUUCCGAAAAAUUGUGAUCGAGUUUUUGUUUAUUAAGGCAGAACCAGACGAAAUCAAGGAUUCAUCGAAUACUAUACAAUAUUUAUGGUUUACCAUCAUCUUGCAUCUGUCUCUGACUUCCACCAUCCUUCCCUCGUUUUUCAAUAGAAAAACAAAAGAGGGCAAGGAUGUUCCGAAGAAUGUUGCAAUGGUGGAAUCUCGAAUGCACCUCAACGGGGAAUACUAUUCCAGUGCAUGAUUAACGAUAAUCAUGACGUUUUUGGCGACCAAAAUACUCGACAAAGCAAGAAAUAUUUCAUGAGAAGCCGUGUCUUUUUUCGAUUGCAGAAUUUUUAUAUGUACCGUGAUGCUGAUGGAGUUCCUCGCCAUUCCGUUUUUUACAAAUUUUACAUAAGUACGUGGUAUGAAAAAUAGAGUCGGACUAGAUCUAAAAUGAAGAACAAUAUCAUCAUUACUAAUGCUUUGCAUGUUUUUAGCAACUAAACAAGUCCAGCAUAGCCUCAGCCACCAACUGGCUGUAUCGGAUUCUCUCACCUUGACACUGAGCAAACAGAUUAUUGAAUAUGAAAUUGUCCCUCAGUCUUCCUCUGGCUGUAAGAUGUCCUCGAACCCAAUAAAGACGGUAGAUUAUAAGAUGUCCAUACUCAAUCAUUUACGGACAUCGGAAAGGUAGAUCAAUGAAGCAGAGUGGGAAAGGAAAUUCACUCAAUCCGAAGAU